AUGAUAGGUUUAAAGAAAGUUGAUAAUACAUGGAUUAUAUGUAAGUUUGUGGAGGGUCAUAAUCAUGAGCUUCUUACCCCUAAGAGUACGAGUUUGCUUCGUGGGCAUAGAGUGAUAACAAGUGCCCAAAAGAAUCUUAUAGAUACACUCAAUGAGUCAAGUAUAGCCCUAAGCAAGAUAAUGUUUGUGUUAAGUAAAGAAUCUGGUGGUGGUUAUAAUGUUGUAUGUAUUCCAAUUGAUAUUCAAAAUUAUUUGAAUAGUAAAAGAAGAAAGUUGCUUCAAGAUGGAGAUGCUCAGGGAAUGUACAAAUAUUUUAUUGAGAGUCAAUGUAAAAAUCCAGGUUUUGUUUAUGCAAUUGAAGUUGAUGAAUAUGGGUGCAUGGGUAAUUACUUUUGGGCAAAUGCUUGGUCAAGAAUGGCAUACCAAUAUUUUGGAGAUGUCAUUACCUUUUACGUUACAUACCAAAUAAAUCAUUAUAAGAUGUCUUUUGUUCCUUUCACAGGGGUUAACCACCAUCAUCAAUUUGUGAUGUUUGGAUGUGUUGUGCUUGUCAAUGAAACAGCAGAAUCUCAUACAUGGUUGUUGAAGACUUGGCUUAAUGCAAUGCCUGGAAAUCCUCUUUCUACAAUUAUAACAGACGAUGACAAGGUUAUCGCUAAGGCAAUUGCAGAUGUAUUGCCAAAUGAAACUCAUAGAUUGUGUAUGUGGCAUCUUUUACAGAAAGUUUCAGAACAAUUGUCCCAUGUAUAUAAUAAAUAUCCACAUUUUCAGGAAGAAUUUUACCAUUGCAUCCAUGAUACACUCACUAUUGAAGAGUUUGAGUUAGAAUGA